AUGACUAACAAAGCAGCAAAGAAUUUUGCAUUUUUUAUUUCUCCUGCUAUUUUUGUCGUACAAGUUUUGUAUGAGUCUUUUCCAUUUCCAUUUACGAAAGCUUGGAAUAACGGGGUCCCUGAUGUUGUUAAAAGUUUGAUAAAGGUACAUAUGGAUGCUCUUCUCUUCAAUAAGAAAACUUUUGGUAAUGUGUUUGUCAAAAAGAAGGAGUUGGAGAGGCAAUUGAAUGAUAUUCAGAUUUCUCUUGAGUGUAUGGAGGAUUUGGGGUCGAGGGCAAAAGAACAAGGACCAGAUGGUUUUCAGACCCUGUUUUAUAAGGAGUUUUGGAACUCUCUAUGCUAUGAUGUGUGGGGGGUUAGACCCUUUCUGUCAAAGAUCAUUGGCCCGCUUCAUGGUGGUUUUAUCCCGGAAAGAGGUACUACAGAGAACAUCAUCAUUGUGGAGGAAAUUAUGAGUUUCAUGAAGAACACUACGUAUAGGAAAGGGACCAUGAUCUUUAAGAUUGACUUGGAGAAGGCAUAUGACAGGGUAGACUGGAGAUUUCUUGAAGCAAUUUUGGUUUGGUUUGGCUUUCCGAGGGCUACUAUUCAUCUUAUUAUGGCUUGUGUGACGUCAUCUUCUUUAUCUGUUUUGUGGAACGACGAGAAACUUUAG